UGCAAACGAAUCUCAGCGAACAUUCACUUUAAAGUCAAAAAAAACUAGAUACAUACCUCUCUUACUGUAUCCACAUUUACAACAACAUAUACCACACAAUGCCAUCCAGCACCAGAAACAUUUUACUCUACUUCCUUGCUAUUUGGCUACCCUUCCUGCCCGUUUUCAUGCUGCGUGGCUGCGGUGCAGACGUCCUGAUUAACAUCGCGUUGGACCUGCUCGGAUGGAUCCCAGGUGUAAUUCAUGCAUGGUACAUCAUUAGUCAGAGCGAGAAGCGGGAGUAUGUUAGUGUUGACCCCGGAUAUGGAAGGGGAUAUGGUUACCGGGAGAAGAUGAUGAGGUAUUAGAGGAAGAUGGUGGGAAUCUGGCCAAGUUUGAAGAGAAAGAUGGAGAAGGGCGAUGUUUUUCAAAUCAACAGUACGCACAUAGACUACGGGGAUGAUACUCUAAAAACCUGUGCAAGGCAUUCUAGCAGUUUAGGAAGUGCUUUGCUACGAAGAUUAAGGAGAUUGGUCGAGCAGCAAUACAAGAUACUUGAAAGACAUGACUAAGUCAAGACCCCAGUUUUACUC